AUGCCUUCCCCUCACGACGAUGGGGGCUUGGAUAGAUUAUCAAGAGCUCUCCGAAUGUUAAAGAAGGAUGUUGAUCUCCUCUAUGAUCCGAGGGAGCUGCCCACGCAUGACAACGCGCUGUUUCCAAUGCCAGGUCGAACUAAAGACUCAGGCCUCUCCACUCCUGUGGCCAGCCUCCCCAGGAGGCCUCGAAACUCCCAUAGUCCGUCGAGUCCCCGCGGGGCUGCCAGGCGACGAUUGGAGGCUUCCCGACCCUCUCUUGGUGGGGCGAACGGCAGGCUGAACACCACCUCGAAGCAGAUCCAGAGCUCGGAAGAAUCAGACGAUGAGGGAGAAGAGCGCGAGACUGCUCGCCGGUACUCGGGGACAGUGAAAGUGUCGUCGCUUGUGGACGAGACGCUUGCUGCUGGGGGGCUUGCUGCCGCUGCGUCCGCUGCGCGGCUAGAGAAGGACGAUUCCAUGCGAUGCCGGGUGAUGCUAGAGGAUGAUGCUAGUUUUUCGUCUGUCUCGUCUAACGAGGAGGAAGAGAAGUCAGAAGGGAACAGCCCAAGAAACACUCGGGAGGGGAGAGGCAGCAAAGAAGGACCGUACCAUGGGCUAGCGGCCGCAAACCAAGGUAGCUUCGCCCCACGUAAUAGCUAUUAUACUCCUUCUUUCCAGCAGCAGAAUGGUUAUAAAGGCUCCGUAUCGUUCCCUCCCCCGCACUCUGCAGCCGAGAUGCAGCGGCGCUUAGAGGAAGAGUGGGGGGAGAGGGAGAGGCGCCUCCGUCUACAGCACCAAAGGCACACCGAGACAGUUGUGGCCCAAGAAAUCGAAAAAGUCACACAGGAAUUUGGCCGUCGCCUGAUCUACGAGCUGCAGCAGCAGGAGGCGUUGUUGCAGCAGCAGUUUCAGCAGCAGAACACACACGCGCAGCUGAAGGAGGCGACCGAGAGCAAUUGGCGGCUACACCAGAAAACGAAAGAGCUGCAAGAACAGCUCGAUACAGAGGCACUCAAGCAAAAGCAUGCGGAGACGGAGAUAGAGCUGUUGCAGAGAGAAACACAGGUCGGGAAAAUUCACCGCCCACACAGAAGGAGGAGUAUCCCCUUACAUGGCACAGUGGAAGCCACCAGGGAGAACAUCAUCGAUGCAGCGGCAAUAAAGCAUAAAAAGAGGCGUCAGAACAUUUAG